AUGAUUCAUCGAUGCCAUAAGACGGUGAUCCGAGGACUUCUUCGCACAAUCCAACAGUCUUCAAUUCGCAGCAAUCCUACUUCGGUUUUUGGUGAGACAAUUUACGAAUUCCUUUCAAUCAUCGGUUCCUUCGAUAUGUUACUAACAUCUAUAGGACACGAAGCCCCUGGCGGCUCCGAUGAUUAUGUGUCCGGAGAACUGAAUGUGGACUACUCCUACACCAUUGAACUCGCCGACCAAGGCAGACACGGUUUCGUUCUGCCGGCGGCCUACAUUCGUCCGGUUGGCAAGCAACUGUGGACGGCCCUCCAGGUCUUCGUGGAUAGCAUCUAA